AUGUCGUCAUCGUCUUCAUUGGCAUCGGCAACAAUCGUCGUACCGUUAACAAAUGUUGAGACGAACAUCAAAGAUACUGAUAAGCAAUAUUUAUGUUUAUUUUACAUUGUUACUGCUGGUUUAUUGGAUGAUAAUAUGGGUUCGGAUGAACAAGAAAUUAUUGAAAUGAUUUACUUGAUUAUUGAUGUCGAACAGAAAAAAACUGUAGAAAUAUAUCGUCAAUAUGUGCGACCCUUAACUAUAAACGAACUUACUGAUGAACACAAAGAAAUAAGUGGAAUUGAUGAAAAACUGGUGUUUUCAUCUGAACUUGAUCUUGAUGAAGCAUUGAGAAAAUUUGAUUCAUUUUUGUAUGAACGUCAUUUACACCCAGAUCUUGGAAUUAAAUUAACAAUCGUUUGUAAUGAUUGUCUUCAUCUACGGCAAUGUCUUCAUCCGGAAAGUGUUAAAAAGUCAAUAGCAUCUAUACCUAUUUAUUAUUGGUCAUAUUUUGAUUUGAGACUUCAAUUCGGGCAAAUGUAUAAAACCAAUGAACACGAACAUUUAAAUUCUAUGCUAGAAAGGUUGAAUAUUUGCCCUAUAUCCGAAGCCGAUUAUAGUAUGCGAAGUAUUAAACAUAUGGAAUUGAUUGUUCAUCGGUUAUUACAUGAUGGUACAUUUAUUUUUGAACAAUUAAAUUGUUCAUUCUGCUACUUUGAUGGUGUUUUUUUCGCUCUAGGGCAUCAUUUUGAAAAACCUGAAUGUAUCAUGAGAAAUCUACAACAGGGCAUAUGUUCAUUAGAAGAAAAUAUUCUAGAAAGUACAGUAAUUCGAGCACGUGGAUUACCGUGGCAAUGUACUGAUCAAGAUGUAGCAAAAUUCUUUCGAGGUCUCAAUAUUGAAAAGGGUGGUGUUGCGCUAUGUCUCAGUAGUCAAGGCCGCCGUAAUGGUGAAGCAUUAGUUCGUUUUUCAACAGCCGAACAUCGCGAAUUAGCUCUACGCCGACAUAAACAUCACAUCGGACAACGUUACAUUGAAGUAUACAAAGCAUCCGGACGUGAUUUUCUCAAUGUUGCUGGAGGAUCAAACUCUGAAGCUCAUGCAUUUUUACAACGUGAUGGACAAAUUAUUAUUCGUAUGCGUGGUUUACCAUUUGAUGCUACUAGUAGAGAUGUGAUCGAAUUUUUCACUCGUGGUGAUCAACCAGCUAAUAUAGUUGAUGAUGCACAAGGUGUUUUAUUUGUUCAUUAUCCAGAUGGACGAAGUACGGGCGAUGCAUUUGUUAUGUUUAAAACUGAAAAUGAAGCAUCGCAAGCUCUACUCAAGCAUAAAGAAACAAUGGGUACAAGAUAUAUUGAAUUAUUUCGUAGUACAGCAGCUGAAGUUCAACAAGUAUUUCGUCGAAGUCAGGAUCCAAAAAAUUUCCAAACAUCAUUAAAAGAUAUUCCAUUUGCGCCCUUAUCUAUGCUACCACCAGAAAUGUUAUCAGGUGGAAAUAAAAAAGAUUGUAUUCGAGUUAGAAAUUUACCACUUCAUUGUGGUAUGGAACAAAUUUUAGAAUUUCUCGGUGUUCAUUCGCAACAUAUUGUUUCACACGGUGUUCAUAUGGUUUAUAAUUGUCAAGGUCAACCAUCGGGCGAAGCAUUUAUUCAAAUGGAUUUUGAAGGAUCGUCAUUCAAUGCAGCAGCACAUAAAAAUAAUAAAUACAUGUUUUUUAAUGGUAAAAAACGAUACAUUGAAGUACUUCAAUGUUCAGGUGAAGAUAUGAACCAUAUUUUACUUGGUCUUGUACCAUCGAAUUUAAUUCCUGCCAGUAUGCAAGCCCAAACAAUCUAUACAUCUCAUAGAAUUCCAACUGGUUUACCUAUAUCAACAUCGUCACCACAAAUGUUGUCGAACGCAAUGCCAGUGUCUUUAACGAAUUCAUCUCAAUCAUCAAUACAAUCUUCAACAUCAUCGACUUCAUUAGUUACGAUUCCCACCAUGAGUGGAUUUCAUCCUAAUGCUACUUACUAUCCGAUGCAAGUUCUAUAUUACCCAACACCAACUCUGUCGCAAUCCAUUUAUUUACAAACAGGACGAAUGCCUACUGCACCUAUGGCACUUGUUAUGCGAGGAGAUGCUGGUCAAUACCAAUGA